AUGAGGGUCAUUCAAGAGUAUAUGGAUAAAUUUUUGAUGCUCUUGUUGGAAGUACCACAAAUGGAUGAAGAAGAUAAACUCUAUUACUUCAUGGAAGGGCUGUAA